CAGUGACAAAACAAAUACUUUUCUAGGGAUUCAACCUUAAUUUUUUCUCCUUUUAUAGAUAGUCGAAAUAUGGAAAAAGAGAUUGGAGACUUUAUGAUCAUACGAAGUGCCGUUUAUAUGAACUGUGAUCAAAGCCGUGACGUUCUCUCCAAUACAAAAUCAAUAUUUUAGUAUAUUAGUUAAUCAUUAUAUAAUAUUGUUACUAACCAAUCUUCUUAAAAAUUAAGUUAAUAACUAAGCUAUAAUACGAAUUAAAAGAAUGUUUCGUUGGACUUCGAUGGUUUGCAUGGGGAUAUGAGCCCUACGUUGCGAGCUGUAUAAAGAAGAGUAUGAUCUGAACAGAAGUUAACCAAACAAAUCCAGAGUUCAUUUUUAAAGAAAUCUUUUUUCCUUCUUCGUUAUUCUUUUUGAAGAAGUGAAUCUGGACGAAGAAUUAAGACCGUCAAUUUUGGAACUUGAAACCAUCAAAUUCAUCAAAAAAUAUAUUCAAAGAUCUUUUUUUUUUUGCAUUCCUACUUGUAUUUAAGCUUCUUGAUUCAUCAAAAAAAUAUAUUCAAAGAUCUUAUUAUUGCAUCCCUACUUGUAUUUAAGCUUCUUGAUUCACCAAGAACCUUAGUUAUAUUUUCCACCUGUUUCCUACUAUACCUUAUUCGGGGUGGUGACUACUAAAACAUGAAGCUCUUUGGAUGGAUGCAGAACAAGCUACAUGGGAAACAAGGGAACACUCAUAGACCAAGCACAUCCUCUGCUUCUUCUCAUCAACCACGAGAGGAGUUCAGCGACUGGCCUCAUGGAUUACUUGCGAUUGGAACGUUCGGUAGUGUGACUAAAGAGCAAAUACCAAUAGAGACUGUUCAAGAAGAGAAGCCCUCUAACUUGCACGUGGAAGGUCAAGCGCAAGAUAGAGAUCAAGAUCUUUCCUCCUCCGGUGAUUUAGAAGAUUUCACUCCAGAGGAAGUUGGGAAACUGCAAAAGGAGCUGACGAAGCUCUUGACAAGAAAGAACAAGAAGAGACAGUCUGAUGUGAACAGAGAACUUGCGAAUCUUCCUCUGGAUAGAUUCUUGAAUUGUCCUUCGAGUCUUGAAGUCGAUAGACGAAUCAGCAACGCUCUUUCUGGUGGUUGUGGAGAUUGUGAUGAGAACGAAGAAGACAUUGAGCGUACAAUCAGUGUUAUCUUGGGAAGAUGCAAAGCCAUUUCUACAGAGAGUAACAGUAAGAAGAAGAAGACUAAGAAAGAUUUGAGCAAAACCUCUGUCUCUUAUCUCCUCAAGAAGAUGUUUGUCUGUACAGAAGGGUUCUCUCCUCUUCCUAAACCUAGCGUGAGAGACACGUUUCAAGAAUCAAGAAUGGAAAAGUUACUGAGGGUGAUGCUACUCAAGAAGAUUAAUGCUCAAGCUCCCUCGAAGGAAACACCAACGAAUAGAUACGUGCAAGACAAGCAACAGCUUUCAUUAAAGAAUGAGGAAGAAGAAGGAAGUAGUAGUAGCGAUGGGUGUAAAUGGGUCAAAACAGAUUCUGAUUUCAUUGUUCUUGAGAUCUGAUCCUAAGUUCUCCUUUUUUCAUGUCCUUACAAGAAAGUACACAGAUAGAGGAUCUUCAUUCAUAUCAAGACACGGAAAAUUCAAAAAGAAGUGAUUCAAUCAAUUUUUCUUUUUCCUUCUGAUGAAAGUUUUUGGGUAUCUGUAGAUCCCAUGAGUUUCUCUUUUUUGCAUGUUUGAGUCCAUAAAACCAAACACGUUCUGGAAACUAAAACAUUGGAAUACAGUAAUUUAAACAUUUAUACGAGUACAUACAUGUGUGUAUAUAAGGAGAUAAUUAUAUAUAUACAUACAUGUAUGUAGUUGUGUAUUUUUCAGGUGGAUAACCUUAGUUUUAUAUAAAGACUUCCUCACUCUUUUUUUUUCUUUA